UUUCUCCUCUUUUAGAAAAUAAAAAAGAUAAAUCUAUUUUGAAAUUCGAAAACCAUUUUUUCAUUUUCUUUAAUCAAUACCACCUUGUCCCGGACUCCUGGCCACCUAUCAUCUGAUGGCUCUGCUAAACACACAGAUCCUAAAGUCUCCGGUAACAAGAGUCUACUCUAACUAUGCCUACAGUAUAUGGAGGAGGAGAGGCAAUAUAGUGAAGGGUAGUGGAGGACGAGUAGCGGGAGGAUAUUGCUCUGCCAUUGCAAUUGAUACACCGGACGCCGUUUCCGGCGCAUCAGGUGUCAGAUGGGGGUCGGUGCUGCUACAGGGCACCCGUGAGGAGAUGGAGGAUGACGCCAUGAUAGUUCAGUCAGACGACCUUGCUGGAUUCUCUUAUGCUGCAGUUUUUGAUGGCCAUGCUGGGUUUUCUUCUGUUAGAUUCCUUCGGGAUGAACUAUAUGAAGAAUGUGUUAGAGCAUUACAUGGUGGGGUGUUGUUGAACGGAAAUGACCUGAAUGUGAUAAGAAAAGCACUUCAAGAGGCUUUUGAAAAUGCUGAUGCAAAACUUGUGAAUUGGCUUGAGGCAAGCGGUCAAGAAAUUGAAUCUGGAUCAACAGCCACAGUUAUCUUUGUUAGAAAUGACACUAUGUUCAUUUCACAUGUUGGGGAUUCGUGUGUGGUUAUCUCACGGUUUGGGAAAUCAGACACAUUGACUGAUUCUCAUCGACCCUAUGGAAGAAACAAAGCUUCCCUUGAAGAAAUUAGACGGAUUAGGGAAGCUGGUGGAUGGAUUGUAAAUGGGCGAAUAUGUGGAGACAUCUCUGUGUCCCGUGCUUUUGGAGACAUGCGGUUUAAGAACAAGAAGAAUGAGAUGCUGGAGAAGGGUGUUGAGGAAGGCAGGUGGGCUCAAAAGUUUGCUUCUCGGGUAAAGUUUCACAGUGAUUUGCUGACAGCAUCACCGGAUGUUUCUCAAGUUACCCUUGGAUCAGAUGCAGAAUUUGUACUAUUAGCUUCCGAUGGAUUGUGGGAUUACAUUAACAGCUCAGAUGCAGUUAGCAUUGUUAGAAGUCAACUUAGGGAACACGGGGAUGUUCAGAGAGCAUGUGAAGCCCUUGCCCGGAUUGCCUUGGAUCGACAAUCACAAGAUAACAUCAGCAUCAUUAUUGCUGAUUUGGGGUAUGUACUACUUCUUGAACGUUUUAGUGUUACAAAUUUGUGUUUCUUCAGCUUUUGACCAGUAUGAUAAUCCAGUAAGACAAAAGUCUUCAAAUUCCAUAUAGUCAUUCUUACUAUAGACACCAGAUUUAUGCAAGUACACUAGGAGAAUGAGUUGAUUAAAACUGUGUAUCUUUGUCGCAUGCUCAUAUUUCAUAUGUUGAAGAAAAAAGUCUUCGUUGUAAGCCCAUAAUGAGUGUACAGGUCGGAGGCUCGGAGCUCUGCACAACUAUAGUUGCAAACCAUGGUUGACCUGUGACUGAAAAACUUGCUUAGAUUAACUUUUUUCGGGUUUUGAAAUUGAUCUGUUAAACAGGCGCACGGAUUGGCAAAGCUCGAUUGUGCAGCAGCAAAAUGUAUUAUUUGAGCUGGUCCAAGCUUUAGCUACUAUAGGGAUUGUAUCAGUUGGAAUAUGGAUGUCUACACGGCUCUCCCUUUGAGAUUGUAGUUUGUUGAAAUUGAAAUAUGUACUCGUAUAUGAUAAAAUCAGAUCAGCUGAAAGACGCAUUUAGAGAAGAGAUCAUCACAUGGUUAUAUAUUUAUCUUGCAUCUUCAUUUGCUCACUCUAAGAAACUAGAUCUGAUUGUAGUUUAUUGCAUAUUUGCAUGCA